AUGUCUUUCCAUCCUCCGCUGCGACCCGAGGUAAAGCCAAAACCGCCUAAGACAUGGUACGAGGAAUUGAUGGACAAGGAUGAAAUCUUGUUGUAUUUUACGGCUAGUCUCGGUGUACUUCUACCCGGCAUUGUAUAUAUUAUCUACCAUAAAGUACAUAAUAUUUAUGUUAAUUAUGCCAAGAAAAAAGAACAGCAACGACUUGCUGAAGAAGCCGCCCGCGCCGAAGUGGCCAUUAUUUCCGCAUGUACUGAAAAUAGUGCGGCCCAAAGAUUUGUUGCUCAUUUGGAAUCCGCAUUAAAAGCCGAAUUGAUUAAUCCUCCUAAAUUAUGGCCAGUUGCUGAUUUAAAAGCCAAAGAAUUCGCUGCCUUCAAGGGUUUCUGCCUAUUCGUCGUUGAAACCCUAACCGGAGGGACUGCCUUACAAUCAUGUGAAUGGUUUCUGGAUUGGCUUGAAGACGUAGCGGCAGACGCUAAACAAAGGAAGAAAGCCAAUUUCGAGGCGCUAAAAUUUGUUAUCAUCGGGUUCGGAUCUAUUGAUGACGGAGAGAAUCAUUUUAAUAGGGUAUCACGAACAGUACUAAAACGCAUGAAAAUCCUUGGUUCAAAGCAGAUCAUGGAAGUGGAACUAUUCGACACUACAGAACCAGAAACGAGCUUGUCUGAACGAUACGGUAGCCUGACUGAACGUAUCCUUCAUGCGAUCGAUAAGAAUCUACCGGGAGCUGAAGAGAAUUCGGAAACGGAAAGUGAAUUCAGUGAUGAAUCCACAGAUGAGGAAGAGGCAGCAAGGGAUAAAAAGCGGCUGUGA